AUGAACUUGGUUGCAUGCCACAAACACCCACACGCGCUCGCACUCUCCGCUUCCGAGCAUCAUGAGGAAAAAUCGGUGUUCUCCAUCCCCUUUCUCCGUCAUGCCGACUUCAAGCUAUUCUUCUUCCGUUCCUUCCCUGCACUUUUCCUACCAAAGUUCUUUGCACAAUCGACCGGUCUUAUCAAACAUUAUCAGGCUAAGCACCGAAAUGCCUACUGCGGGCGGUGCGAACGUGUAUUCAGCAAAUCCAAGGGUCUCGAACAACAUCUUUCCAAUUCAUCUAGUCAUCACAGAUGCGAGGAGUGCCUCUCGAAACCUGACUUUCCGUCCGCAGAGCAAUUGCUAGACCAUCGAAAGCAGUGCCACCAUUACUGCGCGCCCUGCAAUAGGUUAUUCGCUGCUCGAAUCAGCUUGGAACAGCAUGAGAACUCUGUACACAAUGUAUGCCGUGAUUGCGGCAGGAGUUUCGAUUGGCCUGAUAAUCUGAGAAACCACGAACGGAUUCAUGCGCCUAAGAACAUUCCGUGCCCAGGGUGUCGAAGCAAGUUCGACCGACAUUCGGCUAUGGUGCUCCACCUCGAAGCAGGGUCAUGCCCGUCGGGAGUUAACUCCGAAGACGUCGACGACAUCGCAAAGGAAUGCACACAGUCUCAACACUAUAUUUCGACCGAUGCUGAUUUCGACUACUGUUGUCCUCAGUGUCAAGUUCCCUUUACUUGGAUGAGUGGCGUUCUUCAGCACGCAGAAAGCGAUGCUUGCGACAUAGGCCUAGGAAGACACUCUCAACUAGGAAAACCGUUAUUGUUUUCGUCACCAGCUGAGGUCCAAAGUCACCACCCAAACGCUUUUUCCCUGACCAGCUGUGAUCCUUCUGCUUGGCCGAGAAGGUCCGCCGUUCUGCCAAACCCCAGGUUCAGCGUCGCCGACAUGCUUUUAGCCGUUCACAUAGACCAAAGUCCGGCCUUCGAAAAAGCGCAUCUGAAUUUUGCUUAUCUGCAUGAAUCCAAAUUCAUCAUGUUUCAAGUCAGGCCCGAUCACAACUUUAAGGUCGCCGUUUCGGUCAUGUGUUUAUUCUCAGGCCAGCUUCCCAGAAGUGUUGCCACUCUGCAAACAAGCCACUUCGAUCAUGAGCCCUGGAGAAUUUGGUUUCUUGUGAUGGAACCGCGCAUCGGGUUCGCUGUGCCUGGGCCGUAG